AAGGCAGCGAAGAAGGAUCAACAGUCAUUGACACCGGAUUAGUUGGGACAUAAAUAUGCAUGCACUUCUCUUGUUCUGCAUAUAGCGAGAAGUCUUGCUAGGCUAGCGUUCGUUUCCCUCUUCGGGCUUGGCCCGGUUUUGAGCGAUGAGCGAGGGAAAUGAGGAGAAGCCAAGUUUAAGGUUGGAAGCCGCAAUCCAGACCCUAGAAGAUACAGUGCUGCAUCCCAGAGCAAGCAGAGAUGACAAAGCAUUGACUGUGCGAGGAGAAGGAGAAAAGGCUACACCUACAACAAUCCCAGCCAGAAUUCGACAGAUUAUUACAGAAAGCUUAUCUGAUCCAUCAUCCUCAGAUUUAUCCAAAACAGACUUUCCAGCCAAUAUGCAAGAAGAAAACCGCUUAUUGCAGAAGGAACUUUCUCGUCUCGAAGACCUGUUGGCACACACUCGUGCAGAGAAGGAUGAGUUAGCUAGCAAAUAUCAAGCUAUUAGUGAAAGGCUGCAGCAAGCACAACGAGCAGAGGAGGAAGGAAGCACAGCAUUCCUGCAGAUGAGACAGCAGUUUAAAUCAGAUGAAAAAGCACAUAAGCGUAAGCUGCAAGCCUUCCAGGAUGGGCAACAGCACCAGGCUCAGCUAGUACAGAAGAUGCAAAACAAGGUGUUGCAGUAUAAGAAAAGAUGUGGAGAACUGGAACAGGAGUUGCUGGAGAAAACCUCUGAGUGUGAGCGUCAGAAACAGAUGCUGCAGACAAGAUUAGACUCAACAGACUUACGUUUACGACGCAUUGAACAUGACCAUAAUACAGAGUUGGAGAACACUCUCAUCCACUUAGAAAAAGAGCAGCAGAGGAGUGCUACCCUUUCCCAGAUGAACAGUCUACUUCAGGAACAGCUGGAAGAGGUGAAAUGCUCAAAACAGAGACUAGCUGGGGAGCUAGAGAGGAAUACUACUGAUAUGCACAGACUGAGAAGUGAACUAGAACAGAAGAGCUAUGAUUCCUAUCUCAGCAAUGAACACAGUGGGAUUCUCCUGCUAUGGCGUCAAGCAGCCACACUUCGUGGUAACUUCGCAGAGCUUCGCACAACAGUGGAGAAAGGACUUGCUGAAGCAGGAACUGACAUGGCAAGAGCUUCCCGUCGCCUCCAAACUGCUUGUCUCAAUUUGGAUUCCAAUUUGCGCCUUUCUGAGAAUAGCUCUACCUGUUUGCUAGAGAAGCAGCUUCGAGAGAAAGUCCGAGAGAUGAUUCAGCUACAGAGUUCUUGGGAUGGAGAAAAGGCCAUUCUAAACUCCAAGAUUACUGAAUUGACCACUUUAGGUGAUAAAUUUAAGGAACAGAACACAAAGAAAGACAAGACAAUCUCGGCCUUAAAAAUGGACAUUCAGAAAUUGGAAGCCAGUAAAAUUGGAGAUCUAGAAGAAGUGAAGGAUCUGAAAGAGGAAACUGAAUCUUUGCAAUAUACUUUAAAAAGCAUCACAAAGUUGGCUCUUGCUGAAUCAAAGAACAUAGGACUUAUCUCCAAAGAUAAUGCCAAAGCUGUACCAGAAGAAAAUACUGUAUGGCACACUUAUCCCCUGGGCUUUGGCUCACCUCAGCACCAAUGGACAACUCAGUCCCGGAUACAUUCUCCAUCCUGCCAGAAUGCAUCAAUACAAGCAGUGCAAGCCCUUAUCCAAAAUUCACAAAAGCAUGAGCAGGAAUUGCUUGUGCAAUUGGAAUCCUGCAGAGAUAUCCUGGGAUCUGUCAAGAAGCAGCUUGUGGACUGCCAGCAGGAAAUGAAGGCAGCUGAUCAACAGCUGCAGGAACAGAAGCAGGAAUGUGAAGAGCUGACAAGGACCCUGGAGGACUGCAGGCUGAAAGCACAGCAUUGGAAAUCCUCAGUGGAGGUUCUAGAAAGAGAGAAGGAGGCCUUGGAGAUAGCAGUCGAAAGCCAGACUCAACAACUUGAUGCCUCCCAUCUGGAGGUAGAGCGCCUGAAAUCGAUGAACGGAGAGCUACAGAAACAGCGAAAACUCCUUGAAGAGCAAAAAGAAGAUGCAAUUAAGGAAAGGGAGAGGACACGGAAGGAAUUGGAGCGGGGGCAAAGGUCUCAGGAGCAACUUGAGGAAAGAAUGUCAGUCCUGAAGAAAGAGUUAGUGAAUGUGAAGGAAUCUUUGAACCAAGCCAUGCUGGAGAAAGAUGUACUGGAGAGCGCAAAGGAAGGCUUGAGCAAAGCACUUUCCAAAGUUGAAGCCAGCAACACUGAGCUUGAACUCUCCAUACACAAGAUGAAAUCAGAAGAUGCUGAACUAAGGGAUUCGCUAGCCCGGAUGGGAGCUCUGAAUGAAGGACUAGCAAAUGACAAAAUCAAACUAAACCACAUCAUCCUACAGCUUGAAGAUGAGAAGAGCAAGCUGGUAGGGAGGAAGCAGGAGCUGGAUCAAGAGCAAGUGGUUUGGCGAGAACAACUUGCACUCUUUGAAAAGGAGCAGAUGCACAUGAGGGCAGAGAAACAAGAGUUGGAGCAGAGUUGCCAAGCCUUCGAAGAGAAAGGGGAAAUGCUGGAAGGAGAAAUAGCCUUGCUGAGAAGGGAAAGAGUCCAGCUACAGGACCAAAUGAUGCAGCUGAAUAGCCAGAAACAAACUCUAGGUGAGCAACUGGCCCAGAGCCACAGAGAGAUUGAAAUGCAGACGGAUUCACUCAUCCGUGUGCUACAAGAGAAGGAAGACAUAGCUAAGGAAAAGGCACAGCUGGCUGUGGAGCUCACUGCAAUGCAGAGACAGAAGAAGUUGUUAACAGAGGAGACAGACACUCUCAGAACAGAGAAGGAAUCCCUGGAAACCAGCCUUUUUGAGGCACAAGAGCUGGCAGCUCAACUUGAGGCCCGCAAGGAACAAUUAGAAGGAGAAAAUCAAGGCAUUGAUCUUUCCAGGAAGGCACUCCAAGUGGAAUUAGGAAAGGUUCGGCAAGAACUUGAGCUUCAGGAGAGUACCCUGAGAAAAGAGAGAGAGAUGUUGAAGCACCAGUUAACUCAAACAGAAGAAGAGUGUCAGUUGUCUAUGAAACAUCAAAAGCAAGCUUUUGAAGAGGACCUUGGGACUCUUAGAAAAGAGAAGGAGAUCCUACGUCUGGUCCUGAUGGAGGAAAAAGAUGAAAGUGUGAGCUGUCUUCAGCAAGAGAAGGAAGAACUGGUGUCUAAGUAUGAAGCUGAGAAAAGGGAGCUCAUGGAGGAAAUCUUCACUUUGCAGCAGCGCAGAGAUGAAAGCCUCCUUAUGCUAGAAAAUGAAAAACAAAAGGCAGUCUCUCAGAAAGAAGUUGAAAAGAAUCUCCUUGGUGAAAAACUCAGUGAGUUACAAAGAGAGCUGAAAUAUGCCAGGUCUGAGAUUGAACAGGUGAAACUUGAUGCUCUGAAGCGACAAGAGCAAGAUAAGAACACAAUAACCAGCAUCAACAAAGAACUACAGACCUUCCAGGCUCAAUUUGAGGAUGCAAUGGCUGCACACCAGAAAGAGGCCAAACGCUUAAAUGAACAUAUAAAGGAGCUGGCAAGAGAGAAAGAACUUAAUGGGCGGGAGGCAGAACAGCUCAAAGCCCAAUUACGUUUGGCAGAAGAUACCUAUGCAGAUGUUCACAAAGAACUCACUGAGCUUCACCAGAGACUACAGGAAUCGGAAGAAGCUUGUGAUCAGCGACAAAAAGAGCUACUGGAAUUUCACAGGGCUGUAGCAGAUGAGAACAGAGAAAAGGAAGCACUUCAGAAGUCCAAUGGUGACCUCAGAGCAGCUGUCAAAAAAACAGAGAAUGAGAGGCUCAGACUGCAGAGAAUCAAGGAAGAACGAGAACAGAAAAUUGCCAUUCUGGAAGAAGCAAAAGCCGCAAUUGAGGGAGAGAUGGGAGAGCUCCGAGUAAAUCUACGGGAAGUAGAGAAGGCACACAUGGAAGCCCGAAGGGAACUUCAGGAGCUGCGCAGAGAGGUAAAGUCCCUGGAGAACAAGAACAGCAAGAAAACCCAGGAAGUCACUGAAUUACAACAUCAGUUGAUGCAAAAAGAACAGCAGGAGCAGCAGAACAGCAAAGAGGUUCUGGAUCUUAAACAGAAGAUAUCCGUUCUGGAGAUUGGCCAUGAUUCUGCUCAUAAGGAGGUGUUGAACUUGCAGAAAAAACUGUCUUCUGCAGAGGUGAAGUUCCAGCUUCAAGAGCAGGAUUUAAAGCAUAGCCUUGCAGAGAGUUGCAUCAAGGAGAAGAAGUGGAAGGAUGGUCUCCAUAGCCUGGAGGUGAAGCUUCAGGAAGCAAGCAGGACAAACGAAAAUCUCCAGCUGCGCCUCAGCACCUGUGAGGGAUGCAUCCAUGGCUUAGAAACAGAACUAGCCAAAACUGAAGCAGCCAAGAGGGAGGUUGAGCUGAAGUUAGUGGCACUCCACUCCACUCUCCGUCGCACACUGGGACUUGGCAGCCGGAGUCCGUCUCCCCAACGAUCCUCCUCUCCAGUCAAAGGAACCAGUGGACGCCAAACACCUGCGUCUCGCACUGGAUCACCUGAAAGGAGCCGCUCCCGUUCACCAUUUCAUCAACCAUCUCCUCUCAGGGGAGAGCAAAGCACAAGUGAAAUUGAUCCAGAAGUAGUUCGAGAUGCUUUGAAGGACUUCCUUCAGGAGUUGCGGGACACCCAAAGAGAGAGGGAUGAUCUAAGAAUUCAGGUGAUGAAUAUGAGUCAUCAGCUGAAUGAAUUGGAGGCUGAUCGUGACCGAACACAAAGCCGUAUCCUGCAACUCCAGAAGUUUUUAGCAGACAGUGAGGAAGGAUUCUACUGUGGUAGUUUUGUAGAAAAAGUCAAAGGUUUUAAAACCAAGGAAGCCAAACUGGAAACAGAAAAAUGGAAGCUAAAAGAAGUUCUAGAAGCGGCAGAGAGCAGGGCCACCAAAUUGGAGCUGAGCCGUAGAGCAGUGGAAGGAGAGUUACAACGAACACAAAUGAGCUUGACAUCAAGGGAUGAAGAAAUCCAGUCCCUGCUAGAGCAAAUCCAAGAACUUCGAUGCCAAUUAGGGGAAAAGGAAAACAAAACUGCAGUACUGCAACGAGAGCUUGACCACCUGACUCAUUCGCUAGCCAGGACGGAAGGCACUGAAAGUCACUUCAAAGAUCGGGUACAAACUCUGUCUCAGGCACUCUCCAGUGCUACUGCUGGAACGUCCUCCCUGCAGGAGAACAUCUCACAACUCCAAAAGGCCCUGACAGCUGCAGAGCAAGAUCGUCGGCUGCUCCAGGAUCGCUUUGACACCAUGCGACAGGCAUUGUCAGACAGCAAGAGGCAGAAUCAUAGCUUGACUAAUACUGUACAUUUGUUACAAGAUCGGCUGGCUGACAUGGAACUGCAGUACAGAAAUCUGGAGAAGGAGAAGCACCAUCCCCAUGAAGCAGAGCAUGAGAAGUUUGGGAAAGAAGAUGAUACUUUUAGACUCAGUCAGAUGAGAGGGCAGCUGGAUCUAUCUGUGAGUAGCCUACAGCAGGACAUGGAAGACAUCAUGAUGCAAAAUGAACACCUGCAGGUUCAGAUUGCAGAGCUGGAACAAACACAUGCCCAGCAACUAAUGGAACUGACAUCACAGCAUCAGCUAGACAUGGAACUAGAAGCAGAAAGACUACGCAGUGCUCAGCUCCAAACUGAACGGACAUUGCAAUCCCAGGAAAGAACCCAUCGGCAAAGGGUGAAAAAUUUGGAAGAACAGGUGAAUUCUCUGAAAGAGCAAUUGGAUCAAGAAGUGAGAAGACGACAGGUGUACCUGAGCCAGGUGCUUCAUACAGUCAAAUGAUGAAUAAGCCAAACAUUGCACCUGGAUCUGAGAUGCCCCAAAAGCAGAUCCAUCCUUCAGCAUGAUCCAUACACUCAAGAUUUGGAUUCAUUCAUUUCUUGCAUUAGGGCACUCAACUGAUGCACAGAGAAACUGGAGAUCCAAGACUAGCAAUGCAAGCCUGCAGUAUUUCUCCACCCAAACAGCACAUACUCUGUACACUUGGAAGGCACAGUAAAAAUACCAAAUAAUUAGGCAGCAAACUGCCAAGAGGAAACCCUGCUGUGCGGGCAGCUGUUCCCUUUAGGAUGCUUGAAAGCCAGGGCACCAGUGCUUAACUAAUUCAUUUAGAAAAUCUGACAGGGAAUUCUCAUUUCUUUGGGUCCGGGGGUAGUGUAUCCCUGCAUGAUCUCUUGGAGCUUUCAGUACUGGCUGUACAAACUUUAAAAUUCCAGGUGCCUGCUAGGAGCACCCUGCUAUUUAUAUAUAUCUGCAUUUCCAUCAGUUGUCAGAUUGUUUGUCCCUCCUGCUGACAAAUAUUGUUUGAUGCACUGUGCAAAAUUAAAGCUUCCUCUUCCUGCAUAGUUAUACAUGUGGCGGCUAUUUGGUUGCAGUCACUCAGUGCCACUAUUAAUCUGUACAUCAUAUGAAAACAUGAAAUACACAGUUCUGCUGGCACCAGAUUUAUAACACAGUACAGAGAAAUUAGGAAGAAUAGUGAAAACAACACCCAGGAACUGAUCAAAUCUUUUGCUGUGUCUAUGAACAUCAAGCCAUUUUCAUGGUGGCAGGUGGCUGAAAUUAAUUCAAACCUAAGUCAUUUUAUGACAUGCUGGACUCCAGAUAUGUCAAAGUGUUAACAUUUGACAUUCACCCACUCUGCCAGCUGACAGGCUCCAAGAAAUCCCUUCUGGAAUCAAACACUGGUUUCCCUGGGAAUGACAAGAAGCCAUCUUGGAAUUGCUGUAAACAUCACCUGUUAUCAUUGUUUCACAUUUUUUCCUUACAAAUAUUUGAUUUUCCAAAUCAAGUUGGAAAACGCAUAUUGUCAGUGAGUGAAAUAAAGAUGUAAAAAACACAUUUCCUAAAUUGAGGAAAGCCGUUUGCAUUGUUUUAUAGAGAAAUGUGGUACAAAGUAUGUUUCCACUGGUUUGCAAUAGGUAGUAUUUAAGAUAUAGCCCUGAAAUGUGGACAACUUUUAACAGCAGAAAGUUUUGUGGCAGAUUUAUUAUAGUAUAAGCUGUCAAGCCGGCUGAGAAUCACUUCCUGCAUCUGAUGAUGUGGAGUGCAGACAAUAAAAUGUUUGUGGCAAAACAAUCUGUUUGUCCUUCUGAUAUCCCCAAAUCUCUUUAUUAAAAUAGUCUUGCUACAGCAGUUAAAAUAGUCCCCCUAUAACUCCGUAUUGCGUUAAUCUCCUUCUUGAUUAAACACAGCAUAAAGGACCCACUGUCCAAAUUGAAUCCCAUACAGUGCGUCAUACUUGUAUUAUAAAGUAAGAUCCAAAUUUAUUCAUCUAAACAAAUAACCUGAUACUUCCAUAAAAGGAGACUAAGGAUUGCUAAGAAUUACUGGAAUUCUGAAAAUACUCUUCAUGAUUCUUUAGAGAAAAUCUUUGAUGGUUAAAAUCUGCUUAAAGCUGACUUACCUGA